GCGACGGGGCGUGGCUCGAAGCAGCGGCUGUCUUGCGCGUGCGGGUUAGGCCGCCGCCCGUUGCCGACUCGGGUGGGCGUGGCGGAGCGCCGGCCCCUUUGGGCCGCCGUCGCGGCUUUGCGGAAGUGCAGUGGGGGGCGGCCGGCUGGCUGGUGGAAGAUGGCGGGGGUGCAGAGCAGCUCCCGGUACCCGGAGGGAUCGGCGCUUCAGGACCCGCUGUCCCGCUUCACCUGCCCCGUCUGCUUGGAGGUGUUUGAGAGCCCGGUGCGGGCCCCCUGCGGCCAUGUCUUUUGCACUCCAUGCCUGCAGGAAUGUCUGAAGCCUAUUGAACCAGUUUGUGGAGUCUGCCGCAGUACCCUGUCUCCUGGCAGUAGAGCUGUGGACCUGGAACAGCAAAUUGAAAUGACAGAAACCACUUGUGAUGGCUGCGAUAAAAAAAUGUACCUCUCAAAGAUGCGUAGUCAUGCAGCUUCUUGUUCAAAAUACCAGAAUUAUAUAAUGGAAGGCGUUAAAGCUGUAACUAAAGAACCACCUCGUAACACCAGGAAUGUUCCAAAUCGUUUUACCUUUCCUUGUCCUUACUGCAGUGAGAAAAACUUUGAUCAGGAAGGACUAGUUGAACAUUGCAAAAAAUACCACAGCAUGGAUGCAAAACAAGUGGUUUGCCCAAUUUGUGCCUCGAUGCCGUGGGGAGAUCCAAAUUACAGGAGUGCUAACUUCAUGGAACAUCUUCAGCGGCGACAUCAGUUUUCCUAUGAUACUUUUGUGGAUUAUGAUGCUGAUGAAGAUGACAUGAUGGCACAGGUUUUACUACGUUCCUUGAGGGAUCAGUGAACUAAGUGGGAGAUAAACUGUAUGAUACCAACCUUCCAUUAGGUGAAAAUACACAGCAUCCCUGACACCUGUCCCGUCUCAUCCCAAGAUGAUCCCACACAUCUGAAAAUAAAUAUGGAAGAUUUUUGAAGAAUUGCAGUUUCUUGGCUCCAGUACCUGAUCUCUCCAUACGUUACUGUGGGUCUUGUCUAUGUUAGUGGUCUCUUUGCUGCUGCUCAUCCAUUUGAGGGUAGUUCUCUUGCUUCCUUCACUCCAAAGGCUUGACUACACUUGAAACACUACAGCGGCAUAGUUGCGCUGCUGUAGCACUUCAGUGAAGAUGCUGCCAAUGCCAACAGGAGGGGUUCUCCUGUCCGUGUAGGUAAUCCACCUCUCGGAG